AACAUAUAUUGCGAAAAGAGUCUCACUUCUGUUGGACAAGACCAAUUUUACUUCUUCUAAGCUUCUUGAUUAUCAAUCGAAGAAAUUCAAGAAUUUACAUGUGAGUGAAAGAGACAAAACAAUAACAAAGUUUUUAUUCGAAAUCAAAUUAGAAAGAUAAAAAUUAGGAAAAAGUGAAAUGUUGGAGUGGAGGAAGUUUAAUUUCUUCGAUUUAAAGCCUUUUGGAGAGGAUGAAAUAGUUUCAAAUGUUGUCGCGGAUGCUGAUGUCAUUUCCUCAACAUGUGGAAAUAAUCAAAUCAUUUUAGGAGAUUCAAAUGGCUUUGUUCAUGUCUUCCCGAAAAACUUUCGUGAAUAUUAUUCAUUCAAGACUCACAAUUCAGUUUCGUUCUGUGAACUUUCAAUUCAGAACAAUUUGCUGAUAACUUUGGGCAUUGAUGACUCAAUUGAAUUGACUCCAGAAUUCAAAGUUUGGAACUUGAACAAACUCAACAAAUCUAUUCCCGCUUGCCUUCGAACAGUUAAAACAAACAUUCAAAAACCAACAGCACUUGGUGUGUCUGAGAAUGGACAGUAUAUGGCUAUUGGAUUUGAACGAGGAAACAUUUCCAUUUAUAAAGGCGACAUAUCUCGUGAGAAAACGAAAAAUGUCAAAAACAUUAUUCUUGGAACGACAUCGAUUCGUGGAAUUUCCUUUAAGCAAAUGGGAAAAGUUGUUCAAAUGUUUAUCUGUUCUGACUCGGGAGUUUUCUUAUAUACAAUACAAGGACGUGAUAAAGAAUUUAAAUCGACACUUGACACGCCAUCAAUGAACAUCUCAACAACUUGUUCAUGGCUUCAAACGGGACAUAACGAAGGAUAUUUCAUGGUUGGUCGUGAUGAUGCAAUUUAUUGUUAUACUGUUGAUGGGCGAGCUCCUUGUUAUGCUUUCGAAGGACGAAAAGUUUUAAUUCGAUGGUUUCGAUCACAUCUUCUAAUGGUGACUGCGCCACUUCGCGAUAAUUCACUUCAGUCAAAACCACACACACUCACAGUUAUUGAUGUUGUCAAUCGUUUUAUUGUUUUUACAACAUCCGUUGAAGCCGUUUGUUCAGUGUUUGUCGAAUUUGGAACUUGUUAUGUUCUUACGAAAGAUAAAAUAUUGUUUCAUCUCGAUGAGAAAGAUUUGCAGAGUAAAUUGAACUCAUUGUAUAAGAAAAACAUGUACGACACGGCAGUGAAAAUUGCAAGAAACAACAAAUACGACAAAGAAGGAUUGUCGGGAAUAUUCAAGCAAUAUGGUGAUCAUUUAUAUGCGAAAGGACACUUCUCUGGUGCUGUCGAUCAAUACAUUAAAACAAUUGGAUUUCUUGAACCUUCUUAUGUUAUUCGAAGGUUUCUUGAUUCACGUCACACACAAUAUUUAACUGAUUAUCUUGAAAGUGUCCAUAAAGAAGGAAAAGCGUCAACUGACCACACAACUUUACUUCUUAACUGUUUCACUCGUCUUGAUCGAACUCAAGAAUUGAAAGCUUUUCUCAAGAAUUACAAGCAAAACAAUUUCAACAUUGAUGUUGCUAUUCGAGUCUGUCGAAAGUCCUGUAUUGACGAAGCUUUGGAAUUAGCGAAGUUUAAUAACAAACAUGAAUAUGCUGUUGAGAUUCUCAUUGAAGACAUGAAGUUAUUCAGUGAAUCAAUCGAUUACAUCAGUCGAUUGACAUACGAUGAUGCUGAGAUGAGUCUCAUGAAGUAUGGAAAUAUUUUAAUGGAGAAAUGUCCGACGAAAAUGUUUGAACUUCUCAAGAAACUUUGCACUGAUUACAUUGUGAAGAAAUGCGAUGAACCAGAACGUGAUCCUGAUGAUGAUUUGUUUGCUUAUCGUAACGGUGGAUUUAUGGAUCGUGAACCAGCAACUCCUGAAGAUUUCAUUCAUUUAUUUGACGAUUCAAAGCAAACAAUCGAAUAUAUCGAAUAUCUGAUACAAAAUCUUCCAACAUGCUCGAAAGCUCUUUACAAUUCACUCAUCGAGCAUUAUUUGAGAUUGUGGAAAGCAAAUGAAGAUGAUAAAGUGAAAUUAGAACAACGUCUUGUUGAUUUGAUUAAAAAUCAAUCACAAUUUUAUGAUGACAAUCAAGUGCUGAUGUUGUGCCACACAUUUGAGUUUUGGCCUGGAACGAUUCUCAUUUACGAAGAAAAGAAAUUAUUCAAUUUAAUUGUUCGUCAUUUCCUUGACACGAAAGACUAUCCGAGUUUGUAUGCGCUUUGUAAGAGACUUGGAUCGAGUGACUCAUCAAUUUGGCUUCACACAUUAAAUGGAUUAAAAAAUAAUAAACAAGUUCCAACUUCAUUUCUUCAAGAACUUCUUCAAGUCAUUGCGAAUGAGAAACUUCAAUCGCCAAUUCAAGUUCUUAAUGCAUUGUCAGCUAUAGAGAAUGGACCGAACUUGUCAUCAGUUCGUCAUUACUUUACACAAAUCUUUCAAAAAGAAGCUGAUUUGAUGAGUUAUGAUGAGAGUUUGGGUGAGAAAUAUCGACGAGAAACGGAGGAGUUGAAGACAAACAUUCACAUGUUGAACAAUGAACCAGUAGAAUUUCGUGGGAGUUUGUGCGAUGCUUGUCAUGAGCCUUUAGUUCUUCCAGCUCUCUUCUUCAUGUGCAAACAUUCAUUUCAUCGUGAAUGUAUUCGAUCGUAUUCAGAAACCGAGAAAGAUUGCAUGGUUUGUCGUAAGAAGAACAUUCAACUUUACGAUUCAAUUCAUAAGCAAUUUGAAAGUCGUCGUCAGCAAAAUUCUUUCAAUGAACAAUUAAGUUCGAGUCAUGAACCGUUUUCAAUUAUUGCUGAAUAUUUUGGAAAGAAUUUAUUUAAUAAAACGAAUUUUGAAGCAGAUGAGGAUGAAGAGAUGCAAGAAAGUAUUAAAAUUAACACAAACAUUCCAAAGAAGCUGCAAAAACCACAAAUAAAUCCAAUGAUGAUGACUGAAGGCAAAGUAAGAGUCGAGGAAACAUUAUCGACUAAUGUUGAACAUAAACCGCAAUUAUCUGAAGGACGUUUGAGACUCCAAGAGCACAGCUAUCGAGUAAAACCUCAAAUUACGUCUUCAAGUCAACCGCAAACGAAGAAAAUUGAAAUUAAUUCAACAAAAACUUCUGUAAAUUAUCCAGUGUCAGCAAAUCCUUUUGGUGGUGAAUCUGACGAUGAAGAAGAUGAUGGCGAUGGCAAGAAUCCAUUUGGAAGACAAGAAAGCAAUUAUGAUGACAGUAAAAAUCCAUUUGCUGAUGAUGAAACUGAUGACGGUCAAGAUGUCGUGAGAAUGCUUGGAAGGGAAUCAAAUAAACCUCAAACAUCAUUGAAUCCUUUUGGUGACGAUGAAGCAGAUUAAGAUUCUUGCUUUGCUUUGCAAAAAUUCAUUCAAAGAACAUUUGAAUAAAUAAAAGUUAUUAUUAUUCCAAUCAACUUCAUUUCUUUCAUUCACGUG